AUGGAAACGGUAGCUUUAACUGAAGAGAGUAGUGCUGUGAUCAAAAAUGGGUUUCCAUCUAAAGUUAAAGACCCAAGGAGAUUUAGUAUCCCUUGUACGAUCGGGAAUGUUAAAGUAGGAAGAGCUUUCUGUGAUCUGGGAGCCAGUGUCAACUUGAUGCCUCUUUCUUUUGCACGAUCUUUGGGGAUAACGGAGAUGGAAUCUACCUUUAUGUUUCUUCAAUUUUCUGAUAGAUCCAUCAAAAGGCCGGAAGGGGUGCUAGAAGAUGUCCUUGUAAAGGUAAAUGAUUAUAUAUUUCCAGCUGAUUUUGUUGUGCUUAAUAUGGAGGAAGAUGACAAUAUGCCUCUCAUCUUGGGGAGACCAAUCUUAGCAACUGCUAGGACAUUGAUUGAUGUAGAAAAAAGACUGAUGAUCUUUAGAGUUAAUGGUGGUAAAUUCAAGAUGAAUGUUUUUGAGGCCAUAAAGCAUCCUGAAGAUAAAGAAAACUGCUUUCAGAUCUAUGUAAUAGAAGAAGCAGUCUCAGAGAAGAUCCUUGAAUAA